AUGAGUGCCCAGGAAGCUGGUAGCAGUAAAGACAAAUCAAAAGCACCGCCAAAAACUCGAAAUUACGCGGAAGUUAAAGAGGAUCCUCUGGAUACUGGCUUAUCCAAAGGCGAGAACAGUCAGAUCGGCGGUUGCGAUUCUCCUCAGCAAACGGGCAAUGUUUGCCCGAAACAUAAAGCCCACGAGUAUUUAACCAGCCAUAAAAUUUUUGAGCUCAACAACUACCUGAUCUCCCAUUUGUUGAUCGACGAGCCGGACAAUCCUAUCGAGUAUCUGGCGGAUCUUAUUGAAAGGUGCCUAUUAUUCAAAACUGGACAAGGACCACCCCCGCUUAUCUUUACAGACAGACACAUUGAUGGAAUAUUCCAGAGCUUCGAUCCAUUACACACUGGCAGUAUCACACUGGAUCAGUAUAAUACGGCUAUCAAGUUGCUUGGAAUCGCAGACUAUAAUCAGAAUCCACGGGAGUGUGUACCAGGCAAAGUAGACAAAGAAGUCUUCCAUGCAGAAGUAAAAAAAUGUAUGAUCAACGGAGUAGAAGAAAUAAUCGGUAAAAAUAGCAAGUAA